AUGUCCUCGCAAAAGACGCCCGUCCUGUUCAUCGGCGCCCCUGGGUACAUCGGGGGGUCCGUACUUGGACGCCUCCUCCAACAUCCCAGUGCGGACACCUUGGACAUCACCGUCUUCACCACCUUGGAAGAUAAAGGCAAGGUUCUCGAGUCCAGAUUCCCCCUCCUUAAGGUCGUCUACGGAAGUCGCCAGCACAUCGACCAGGUAGAGACGCUUGCGGAGACUGCACACAUCGUCUUCAACUGCGCUGAUGCCAGCGACGUGCCCGUUGCCAAGGCCAUCUUGAAUGGUCUCAAAAAGAGGCACGCGAACACCGGCGACAUUCCCAUUUUGAUUCAUACAUCCGGAACCAGCGUCCUCACCGGGGAUCCAUUAGUGACGGUCUACUCCGACGUCAACGUCGAGCAGAUGAAGACGAUCCCCGUCACCAACGUGCACCGCAACGCCAAUCUUGCCGUCGUGGAGGCGGACGUCGAAGGCUACGCGCACACGUACAUCAUCUUCCCGGCGACCAUCUACGGCAUCGCGGAGGGCCCUCUUUUCGACGCAGGAGUCGCGCACCCGCACUCCGUCCAACUGCCGUACCUGAUCAAGGCCGCACUCGCCCGCAAAGCCGCCGGUAUCGUCGGCAUGGAAAAGGCGCUCUGGCCCAAUGUACACAUACACGAUGGCACAGCGCUCCUCACAGUGGCCGACUUGUACAUGACGCUCUUCGACGCGAUCCUGAGUGGCAAGAGCGGGCACGGCUGGGACGGCCUCUACUUCGCCGAGAACGGCGAGCACAACUGGCACGACGUGAACCGCGCGAUCGGCGAGGCGCUUGUCGCGGUCGGCAUCUCUACCGACCCCGCGCCUACCCCGGUCACCAUCGAGGACCACAUCCGGUACUACAGUGACAUUUCGAUGUCCCGUUUCUACAGCGGAAUCAGCUCGAGCUGUAGGGCGCAUCGAGGACGGUCAAUUGGCUGGACACCGAAGUAUACGACGGACGACAUGCUGAAGAGCAUCAGGCCGGAGGUCGAGGCGAUUAUCAAGCGACAGAAGGAGGGCAAGGCGUAG